UCUUUUUUCCCCCUUUUUUCUCCAAGAACAUGAUGAAAUACCCUGUUUUUCCUUUGUCUUCUUAUUCCUCACAUGCCUUACGAAAACCAUAAAAGAGAAAAACAAAUUUAUCAUCUUUCCUCUCUUUCUAUCUCCUCUUCUUCUGACACAACUAUUAAGUCAUGAAACUCAGUUCUUAAUACUUUAAAUAAAGUUUUUGUUUUUAUUUUCUUGUAUUCUAUGCUAGUUUUCCCAAUGACUUGUGCUUGAGCUUCACUUUUUUUUUUCUUUUUUUUUUUCUCUCUGUUCUCUCUCCAAACAAAGCUUUAGAAGUACUUUUGGGGAUGACUGAGGUGAUCUUACACAGAUUUAGCUAAACCUCAUAGUACCAAACACUCAGAAAAAUUUAACUCCAUUUCUUCUGUUUUCUGACCAAAUUUUUUUCCUACUUUUUUCUCACUUAUUUUUGUUUGAAUCAAUUCAAAGUUUAAUAAAAUCCCUUGACCCUUCAUUUAUUUCUCUGCACUCAUUAAACACCCACUUUGAAUUUAACUCUAUUUUCAAUUUUUAAUCAUUUAAAAUUUUUUUUUCCUGAAAAAGACCCAUUUCUCUUGAGUUUGUUACAUCAUUGUAAGCAUCAGUCUCAAGUUUUGAUUCAUAUCCUUGAUUUUUCUGUUUCCAUUUUCAUCAAAUUUCAAUUUUUUCAACCAAAAUCCAAAUAAAGUUUCCAUUUUUGAAAAAGACCCUCCCCAUUAAACACAUUAACAUCAACUUUCAACAAAAAUACAAAAAACCCACCUCUCAAAACUACAAAUUUUCUGUCUUUCUUGCUUGUGUAGCUCUGUUUACAACCUUUACUAUAACCCCAUUUUUACCCCCCAAAAAUACUCCAUUUUUAACCUAGAAAAACCCAGAAACGCUCAAAUUUUUAUCAUUUUCCUUCCUUUCCACAUGCAUUCAUGAGUUGGGUAUUUUCUGAUCUGAAGCUAAAAUGGGUUGUUCAAUGUCAAAUUUGGCAGCUAAAUUUGCAUUUUUCCCACCUUCUCCAGCAACUUAUGAAGUGAAAAAAAGGGAUUCUGAUGGAAAAUUUGUAGCAGUUUCAACAGCUUCAUCAGUACCAAUCCCUCAAGGAGAUGACCCUCUUUUGAAUGUUCAUGUCAUUGAGACUAAAAAAGGAAACAAGAUUGUAGCUUUUUACUUGAAAAACCCUUAUGCUAGGCUUACUGUUCUUUACUCUCACGGAAAUGCUGCUGACCUUGGUCAACUUUAUGAUCUCUUUGUUCAGCUUAAAAUCAAUCUUAGAGUCAACUUAAUGGGGUAUGAUUACUCUGGAUAUGGUGCAUCUACUGGUAAGCCUAGCGAGGGCAAUACAUAUGCUGAUAUAGAGGCUGUUUACCAGUGUCUUCAGACCGAAUAUGGAACAAGUCAAGAAGAAUUAAUUUUAUACGGACAGUCAGUUGGAAGUGGGCCAACACUACACUUGGCCUCAAAACUCCCGAGGUUGAGGGGAGUGGUUUUGCACAGUGCCAUCCUUUCUGGACUUCGUGUUCUGUGCCAUGUGAAGUUCACUUUCUGUGUCGAUAUCUAUAGGAAUAUAAGAAAGAUUCGAAAAGUGAAGUGCCCUGUACUGGUGAUACAUGGUACAGAAGACGAUGUAGUGAACUGGUUACACGGAAACGGACUGUGGAAACGGGCCAGGGAACCUUAUGAACCCUUAUGGAUCAAAGGUGGCGGCCACUGCAACUUGGAGCUAUACCCUGAUUACAUUCGCCAUCUCUGCCGAUACGUCCACGAAAUGGAGAACCUUACCACACAAAUCCGACUCAAGAAAAUCCGAGACACCCUCAACCUCCACCCUAAACACCGUCAUCCACAACCCACCAAUACGUCCUGUAGCCGGUCUUGUAGCUGUUGGGACUGUUGUAGUUGUUCCUGUAAGAUGAAAUGUUGGCGACCUCGUUGCCCGAAUUCUUGUUGCUGCACUCUAAACUGCUGGCCCGCAAACUGUUGCUCUGCGAAUUGCUGCCCAACAAACUGCUGCCCGAAAAACUGCUGCAAGACGUGUUUCGAGUGCCCGAUAUGCACGAAUUGCUGCAGCUGUUUCGGGUGGCCUAAAUGCUUGACAUGCUGCAUGCCGAGUUGCUUCAAAUGUUCACGACCGAAAUGCUCUAACGAUUGCUGUUCGUGCAAAGGAUGUUGUUCGUGGAACUGUUGUGGUUGCUGCUUCUAUUCUACGACUGAUCGAAGGCAGGAGAAUUAGUCGGUUUAUUUAUUUAUUUUUUCUUGUCCGUUUGGAUGUGGGAUGUACAGAUUUGCAGAACUAGCUAACCUCCCUUUUCUGAUUCUCCAAUUUGUGCAGUUUAGUGCCUUAAGCUAAGUUAUACCAGUUGUUCUUUCUUCUUCCCCAAUUCCCUAGUCAUUUUAUCAAAUAGAGCUUUAGUAUUAUAGUUCAUGGUCAUUGUUAGGAGCAUUAGAUGAGAUCAUGCCAAGUUGAACAUGAAUGAUUCGAUUUUCGAAUGCUCGUAUAAGAUAAUGCUGUUUUAUUAUGUACUAGCGGUUCAUUUGGUAGACGGUUUUAAAAAAAAUGGUACUUUUGUAGUUCCUUAAUGAAGGUUCCAAUAGGAAUGUUAAUGGAAAUUAAGAAAAAUGGUAUCUUUUAAGUA